AUGGAUGGCCAAGCGGCCGUGGCCGAGGUGGACGGGAUGCUGGGCAAGAACAUGGAGAAGUUUUGCUCCGGGGAGUUCCGGCCAGAGCUGGUGCCCAGGGACACCAAACACCUGGACCCGCUCCUGAAUUCCGCCCCCACCACCCCCCCGACCCCCACCCCGGAGAAAGGCCUGGACGACCGGCUCUUCUACAUCUACACCUCGGGCACGACGGGGAUGCCCAAGGCGGCCAUCGUGGUGCACAGCAGGUAUUACCGGAUCGCCGCCUUCGGCUACUACGCCUACCGGAUGCGGCCCGAGGACGUGAUCUAUGACUGCCUGCCCCUCUACCACUCUGCAGGGAACAUCAUGGGGGUGGGGCAGUGCCUGCUGCACGGGCUCACCGUGGUCAUCAGGAGGAAGUUCUCGGCCAGCCGCUUCUGGGACGACUGCGUCCAGUACCGCUGCACGAUCAUCCAGUACAUCGGGGAGAUCUGCCGGUACCUGCUGAGCCAGCCGGUGCGCGAGGCCGAGCGCCGGCACCGCGUCCGCCUGGCCGUGGGCAACGGGCUGAGGCCCCACCUGUGGGAGGAGUUCACGCGGCGCUUCCGCCUGCGCCAGAUCGGCGAGUUCUACGGGGCCACCGAGUGCAACUGCAGCAUCGCCAACCUGGACGGCAAGGUGGGAGCCUGCGGGUUCAACAGCCGGAUCCUGCCCAACGUCUACCCCAUCCGGCUGGUGAAGGUCAACGAGGACACCAUGGAGCUGGUCCGGGAUUCCCGGGGGCUCUGCGUGCCCUGUCGCCCCGGAGAGCCGGGGCUGCUGGUGGGGCAGAUCGACCAGCGGGACCCUCUGCGGCGCUUCGACGGCUACGUCAGCGAGAGCGCCACCAGCAAGAAGAUCGCCCACGACGUGCUGCGCAAGGGGGACCAGGCCUACCUCUCAGGGGACGUGCUGGUGAUGGAUGACCUGGGCUACAUGUACUUCCGAGACCGCGGCGGGGACACGUUCCGGUGGCGCGGCGAGAACGUCUCCACCACCGAGGUGGAGGGAGCCCUGAGCCGCCUCCUCAACCAGGCCGAUGUCGUGGUCUACGGGGUGGCCGUUCCAGGAGUGGAGGGCGAGGCGGGCGUGGCCAUUCCCACU